AUGUCAGAAUCGACGCAGGAAUCGCGCGAGGUUAAUAACUGCCAAUUUGGCGACCAUACCAUCAUCCAUCAGGGAAACGUCCAAGGGAAUGUAUAUUAUGGCUCGCCGCCACACCCGCCCUACCCGCCGGCCCGUGCCGAAGUCGUCCGCGUCAUCCCCUAUCCCCGCAACGAGGACAUAGUCCAUCGACGAGAUCUCAUCGACAAGCUAGACGAGUUUUUGCCGCAAAGUACUUCAGGAUCUUAUUGUGCAGCACUCUGGGGUCUGGGAGGGUCAGGUAAAACACAGAUUGCGCUAGACUACGCAUACCGACGAUGCGACACCGAUAAAGAAUGUUGUAUCUUCUGGGUGCACGCCGAUAGCGAAGCGACCUUUUUGGCUGAUUACAAGACCAUCGGCAAGAAGCUUGGGGUUGAUGAGCAACUCGACGGGACGGACCUGCUAGAGGCAGUAUGCGACGAGAUUGAAGGACGGUCGAAAUGGCUGUUAAUCCUCGAUAACGCGGAUGAUCUAAAGCUAUUUAGAGUGGGAGUGACUAUGACAGACGAGAGUGAGAGUCAGAACCUUUACAAAUACGUGCCUUGCACGUCGCAUGGAACAGUGCUAUGGACAAGUCGAGAUGCGCAUAUUGCGGGCACGCUCGUCGGAGCAAGUCGCAGUAUCCAAGUACAGUCUAUGGAAAAAGAUGAAGCGACGACACUUCUGGCAACAACGAGGGGUGACCAGCCAGUACUAGACGAGGCGGGAAUAGAUGGCCUUCUGGAAGAGCUGCAAUGCCUACCGCUGGCUGUCUCGCAAGCCGGUGCAUACAUGCGGCGCAUGUCCAUGACAGCUGAAGAAUAUCUGUCCCGACUUAAGGAAGGCAAUUCUCGGUGGGAAGUGCUUAAAGUGAGCGAUACGGACCGACAUCGACGGCCGGAGGCAUCGAAUAGUGUGCUUGAGACAUGGAGGAUCUCAACGGAGCGAAUCCGAGCAGAGAGUGAGAUGUCGUAUCGGAUUCUACACGUAAUUGCAUACGUGGAUAACCAGGACAUACCGGAUGAGCUGCUAGCGGAAGCGGCUAACGGAUUCAAUCAUGGUCGCAAGAAUGAUCAAGCUGAACAGAAGUCAGACAUGCAAGUCUCAGAAUUCGAGGUCCUUACAGCCGUGGCACGGCUGAAGGAGUUCUCUUUUCUCAGGCUGCGUCAAACAAAUGAUGGGAGGCGAAACUACGAGAUGCAUAAGCUCGUACAAGAGGCUCUGCGGUAUGGGCUGAGGAUUCAAAGCCUUAUAGAGACGGCCAGGGGGGGCGUCGUAGGAGAAGAUGGCAGAGCAGCGCAGGCCGAAGCGUUGUACAGUGGCAGGGCACUAGAGGUGGUAGCUGGCCUGCUCCCAACUAAACCAGCCCCGUCGGAACGAUAUGAGCAGUAUUUAACCCAUGCUGUACGAGUAGGAGAGUGGGCAGAGGUGGGCAAGACAGAGAUUGAGACAGCAAAUAUGCUUGCGAGAGUAUCGCACUUUUUGUACGAGCGACAGCGAUGGACAGAAAAGGAGUUAGUGGACAGUCGGUCAUGGAGCCUUCGACGAAGGGCGCUUACGGAGAACCACCCGGAUACACUCAGGAGUAUGGCAGAAUUUGGAGCGACAUGCCAAGGGCUGGGUCGGGCAGCUGAAGCUCAAGAUAUCGCAAUCAAGGUGUUAAAACUCCAGCAAGAGAUACUUGGGGAGGAGCACCCUGAUACGAUCAGGAGCCUGACGAACCUUGGGGUAACAUAUCAAGACCAGGGUCGAUAUGACGAGGCCGAGAAGCUAUAUGAUAAAGCACUAGAGUACCAUCAAAGAGAGUUUGGGGAGAGGCAUAGUGAUACGAUGAGGAAUAUGGCAGAUCUUGGGUCGUUGUACCAUAUGCAGGGCCGAUAUGACGAGUCUAAAAAGAUGAGCGAUAGAAGCCUACAACUCCGACAAGAGAUGCUUGGAGAGAUGCAUCCUGAUACAAUUAGGAUCAUGGCAGGAAUUGGGAUAGCAUAUUAUGCGCAGGGCCGACAUACUGAGGCUCACGAUAUCACGAUAAAAGUGUUGGAACUCCGGCAAAAGGUACUUGGAGAGCGUCAUCCCGAUACUAUCAGCAGCAAAACGGACCUCGGGGCGAUAUAUGAUGUGCAGGGCCGGUAUGAGGAAGCUAGGAGAAUAAAUGAGGAGGCCUUACAACUUCGACGAGAGAUACUUGGAGCAAAGCAUCCCACUACAAUCAGGAGCGUAGCAAACAUCGCGAUGAUCUACUACAAGCAGGGCAAAUAUGACGAAGCCCUUCAGCUUCAUCAAACUGCCUUGGACCUUCGCCGCGAAGUACUUGGAGAAACCCAUCCGGAUACAAUACAGAGCGUGGAACAAAUCGCCUACACUCGCGAGAUGUUACGGCGCUUAAAGAUAAGACAAAACAACAAAUUAGAGCGAGAAUUAAAGCUAUGGGAUAGAUUGUUCUGGGAGAUUAUGGAUCAAAAGGUUAGGCAGAUUUGGAAACGGAGAUCCCACAAAGAUCAAGACAUUAAUUAA